GACCCUUCCACCCCAUACCCCUUCUCCACCCCUCUCCAUACCACACCUUAUCCAGUUAGAUCCAUACAUACCAAUCAUCAGAAGAACAAGUUUAGAGGGCCUGGAGCUUGUGCCUAACUAGGUAAGUUAUCAGUUGAGUCUACAGGUAUUGCUGAGCCCUGUGGUCUGGAUUGGAGUAUUCCAGGGAAAGAACACAGAGAAUAGAAUUCAAACUGUCCCUUAAGCAAAAUCAGCUGGUUUUGAGUGUCUCGAGUGAGUACAAGGCAUUGAAACUGAACAAGAUACCUUUCAGAAAUGAAUUGUUCUAAUCCCUUCCCCCAGGUAAUCUUUCAUGAGUAGAACCAGGUUCACAUGGUGCUUCAGAGCCCUGAGCAGAACUUCUUUGGAACCCAAGCACCAGGGGCCACCUGCCCAGGAGUCCCCUUACCUCACUCCUUUAGGAAGGGGAGUGAUUCUUCAGGACAUGAGAGGCUCUUCUUAAGUAUAUGCACCUGAGAGCUAGUUGAAGGACCCAGGGGAGAGGGCUGUAUUUUCUUCAUGGAUAGGCCCUGAACAAAGCCACAAACUGUGGAAAUCAGUCCUCCUCACCUAUGGCCACUGCCUUCUGGCAGUCCUCCCCCUUGCAGAAAGAAUCUAGCCUUUGUCCUCACUCCUUUUUAUCUAGGUCAGCUGCUGUUCCCUUCAUAGAUGUUCAGCCCUACAGAAGGAAUCUGGGCUGUGAUCCCUCUGCACAGGGUGGAUGGAGGGUGAUCCUCAACACUCCUUGGGAGGUCAGAGACAAACUCUUUGCAGGGAGUCAUGUGGACUUCCCAGGCCCUUGCUCAGAUGUGACAUGGCCCUUCAGUAUCCUCAGUAGCAGCCUCCUGGACUUCCAGAGGACUCUGCAUUGUCCAUUGGCCAUUAUGUGAAACAAGAAACUAAGCAUUUUGCUGUUUUUAAUUGUCGUAUGUGCCAUUGUAAUAGUAGAUUAUUGGCUAGUCUGUAAUAAAUUAUCUUAUAGUAGCCUUUGAGGUCUGGUAAUUCUGCUAAAGUGUGGAAAGCUGUAGAAAUGACUUUCCUACAUAAUGGUAGAUCUUAGACCAGUGGUCCUUUGCUGCUUUUCCCCUCCCGCCCCAAGUGGUGGAUGAAACAGCUGGGGGGAGGAGAACAGAUUUCUGAGAAGGGGCGUGGUCGGAAGCGAACUUUGUGGGGGCGUGGUCGGGGCGUGGCUCUACUCUGGGCUGGACCGUGUGGCUCCCGCGCGCCUGCGCAGAGAGGUGCGUUAAGAUGGCGGUCGCUGUAGAAGACGGCUGCUCGGCGAUGGUGGUGUUUCUCUGAGAUGAAAUACAUAAAACCUUUAAUUUCAGAGUGUUUUCCUGUCAGAAAGAAUUUGUGAUUGAAAUAAGGAGGGGAUAAUGCAGGGAUUGGAACUGAGAAGAGAGGCGUAGUAUGGAGUGCUGGCAGGUUUCAGGCUAUGCCUUUUAAAAGCAUUUCUGGCUCUGCCUAGAUUAUUGAAAUAUGAAUUGUAUCCUUAAUGAGGUUACUUGGGACUCACUGAGGGCAGACCUUGAAGAAGCAUUCUUAUUCUAAAGUGAUCACAGUUGUGUCCAGAAAUUCCAUGGAAUUAUAAUUGGAACUACUCUGCAAUGUCUCUACUUGAUAGGCAAAGUGAAGGCAGACAAAGCGGAGAACAAGAGAGAUAUCUGCAAGCCAACAACAGGGAAUUUAACAGUCUGUUUGGAUAUCCGAACAAUAGCAUCAAGACCUCAAAAUAUAAUGCCUUAAACUUCUUGCCUAUGAACCUAUUUGAACAGUUCCAGAGACUUGCAAAUGCGUAUUUCCUCAUUUUGCUUUUCCUACAGUUGAUUCCCCAGAUCUCCUCCUUGGCAUGGUACACGACUGUGAUACCCCUGAUGGUGGUGCUAUCCAUAACAGCGGUGAAAGAUGGCAUCGAUGACAUGAAAAGGCAUAAAAAUGACAACCAAGUCAACAAUCGUUCUGUUCUGGUGCUGAUGAAUGGCAGAAUAGUGACAGACAAAUGGAUGAAUAUCCAAGUGGGAGAUAUAAUAAAACUAGAAAAUAAUCAGCUUGUCACGGCUGAUAUACUAUUACUCUCUAGCAGUGAGCCCUACAGUCUGACGUAUAUAGAGACAGCUGAACUGGAUGGUGAAACCAACCUGAAAGUGAAACAAGCCAUCUCAGUUACCAGUGACAUGGAAGAUAACCUGAAGCUGCUGUCUGCCUUCGAUGGAGAAGUGAGAUGUGAGUCUCCCAAUAACAGGUUGGACAGAUUCACAGGAACACUGACUUAUAAGGGAAAAAACUACAUCCUGAACCAUGAUAGGCUGAUUUUCCGAGGUUGCGUCAUUAGGAAUACUGAUUGGUGCUAUGGCUUGGUGGUUUUUACUGGAAAGUGGAGGAAGCUUCAUUGCUCCCCUAUGCCCUCAGUGACAGUGGGCAUUGAUGACAACAAUCAUGGGCCAGACACCAAAUUAAUGCAGAACGGUGGAAAGUCUGCCUUUAAACGGACACACAUAGACCAUCUCAUGAAUGUCCUUGUUCUCUGGAUUUUCCUGUUUUUAUGCGGCAUGUGUUUUAUCCUAGCAAUUGGGCAUUACAUUUGGGAGAACAAGAAAGGCUACUACUUCCGGGAUUUUCUGCCAUGGAAAGAAUAUGUCUCUUCAUCAGUUGUCUCUUCCGUCCUCAUAUUCUGGUCCUACUUCAUUAUUCUCAACACGAUGGUGCCCAUUUCUCUCUAUGUCAGUGUUGAGAUAAUAAGAUUGGGCAACAGUUUCUAUAUCAACUGGGAUCGGAAGAUGUUUUAUGAACUAAAGAACACACCAGCGCAGGCUCGCACCACCACCCUUAAUGAGGAGCUUGGCCAGGUCAAAUAUGUGUUCUCCGACAAAACAGGGACCCUGACUCGGAACAUCAUGACUUUCAGCAAGUGUUCUAUUAAUGGGAAAUUCUAUGGUGAUGUCUAUGACAAGAACAGACAGAAGGUGGAAAUCUCGGAGAAAACAGAAAAAGUCGAUUUCUCCUACAACAGACUGGCUGAUCCUAAGUUUUCAUUUUAUGACAAGACUUUAGUGGAAGCAGUGAAAAAGGGAGAUCGCUGGGUACACUUGUUUUUCGUGUCACUCUCGUUGUGUCAUACUGUGAUACCAGAAGAGAAGGUAGAAGGUGAGCUGGUUUACCAGGCUCAGUCCCCAGAUGAAGGUGCCCUGGUCACUGCUGCCAGGAACUUUGGCUUUGUGUUCCGUUCCCGCACGUCUGAGACAAUCAUGAUAGUCGAAAUGGGAGAAACCAGAAUCUACAAACUGCUGGCUAUCUUGGACUUCAACAAUGUGCGCAAGAGGAUGUCUGUGAUUGUGAGGACACCUGAAAACCGUGUAAUGUUGUUCUGCAAGGGUGCAGACACCAUCCUCUGCCAGCUACUUCAUCCAUCCUGUAGAUCCCUCAGAGACGUGACCAUGGAACAUUUAGAUGAUUUUGCCAGUGACGGCCUUCGUACCCUCAUGGUGGCCUACCGAGAACUGGACAAUGCUUUCUUCCAGGACUGGAGCAGGAAGCACAGCGAGGCCUUCCUGUCUUUGGAGGAUCGGGAAAAUAAAAUAUCAAUUGUCUAUGAAGAGAUUGAAAAAGACUUGAUGCUGUUAGGGGCCACAGCCAUAGAAGACAAGCUGCAGGAUGGAGUACCUGAGACGAUCAUCACCCUGAGCCAAGCCAAAAUUAAAAUAUGGGUCUUAACUGGAGAUAAGCAAGAGACUGCUGUGAACAUUGCCUACGCCUGUAACAUAUUUGACGAUGAAAUGGAUGGGAUGUUUAUCGUGGAAGGCGAGGAUAAUGAGACUGUGUGGCAAGAACUCAGGUCAGCAAGGGAAAAGAUGAAACCCCAGUCUCUACUGGAAUCAGACCCAAUAGAUGAUUACCUCACUGCAAAGCCCAGAAUACCCUUCAAGAUACCUGAGGAGGUGCCCAGUGGCAACUAUGGCUUGGUCAUCAAUGGCUACAGUCUGGCCCACGCUCUAGAAGGGAACCUGGAGUUAGAACUGCUGCAAACGGCGUGCAUGUGCAAGGGGGUGAUCUGCUGCCGGAUGACACCCCUUCAGAAGGCCCAGGUGGUAGAGCUGGUGAAGAGGUACAAGAAGGUGGUGACACUGGCCAUCGGGGAUGGGGCCAAUGACGUCAGCAUGAUCAAAGCUGCCCACAUUGGAGUCGGCAUCAGCGGUCAGGAGGGAAUGCAGGCCAUGCUCAACAGCGACUUCGCCUUCUCUCAGUUCUGCUAUCUUCAGCGUCUACUCUUUGUCCACGGCCGCUGGUCCUAUAAUCGCAUGUGCAAGUUUCUCAGCUACUUCUUUUACAAAAACUUUGCCUUCACUCUGGUGCACUUCUGGUAUGCCUUCUACAGCGGGUUCUCUGCUCAGACAGUUUAUGAUACCUGGUUUAUCACUUUCUACAACCUGGUCUACACCUCCCUCCCUGUCCUGGGCUUGAGUCUCUUUGACCAGGAUGUGAAUGAAACAUGGAGCCUACGUUUCCCAGAGCUGUAUGAGCCAGGCCAGCACAACCUCUAUUUCAACAAGAAGGAAUUUGUGAAGUGUUUAGUGCAUGGGAUCUUCAGCUCCUUAGUGCUGUUCUUUAUCCCUAUGGGGACCAUUCACAACUCAGUGCGCACUGAUGGGAAGGAAAUCUCCGACUACCAGUCCUUCUCCACGAUAGUGCAGACCUCCUUGCUCUGUGUGGUCACAAUGCAGAUUGCCCUGGAGACAACCUACUGGACAAUGAUAAGCCACAUCUUCACCUGGGGUAGCCUGGGUUUCUACUUUUGCAUCUUAUUCUUCCUGUACAGUGAUGGCUUGUGCCUAAUGUUCCCCAACGUCUUCCAACUCCUAGGUGUGGCCAGGAACACUCUGGACUGGCCACAAAUGUGGCUGAGUGUUGUCCUCAGCAUGGUCCUCUGUAUGCUGCCUGUGAUUGGGUACCACUUUCUCAAACCAUUGUUCUGGCCUGUCAGUGUGGACAAGGUUAUUGACAGAAUUCAUCAUUGCAUGAGCCAUCCACUGCCACCCCGAAUCCGGACCAGACUGAAACAUGCAGGCUCUCGACGUUCUGCCUAUGCAUUUUCCCACAAACAGGGCUUUGGGGCCCUCAUCACUUCUGGCAAGACAUUGAAGGCCAAAUUUCCCAAGAAAAACAGUUUUCCUUUUAAAAAGUAGAGGCAUUUGGCGAAACCCCAAAGGGAGUCAGUCAUUGCUCUUCCCUUGUAUUCAUGCAACAGGUAUGAAUUAUGAAGGGACUAGAGUCCCUGGAAAACCAGCAUAAAUCUGCCCUCCACUCUCACUGCCGGAGCUGUUUCUUCAUUCCCUAGAAGGCUGUGCCCAGGUAAGGCAAGGAAAAGGUAAAGAAAGAGCCCCUAGAUAUCUGUCAGAGUUACAGCACUUCAAGAAAAAGCGAUGUCAGGCCUCCCUCCUACCAACCCUUCCAAGUUUUAAUUCAUAGAAACAAAUGUGGAAGUAAUGGGUGAAGAGGGGGAAUGUGAGGAAGGGGAAAAGAAAAUAGGACCUAAGAAUCUGAGUUUGGGCCCUGUUUCUUAUACCUGGAGCAACCAUAAACUUUGCCAGUGCCCCACACAAACAUAUUCACCCAGGCCCCCUUCUCAGGUUUGAGGAAUUCAGGGUGAGUCUUUAGCCAGCUCAGAUAGCAAAAAGAGGCAGCAGCUGUGAAAAGUCAGUCAAAAGAAGCUAAAGGAGAGUUUCUGGACCAGGAAAAGAAUGGAGAUGGUCCCUGCCUUGAUAGGACAGCUCUAGACUUUGCCGCCGCCUUCUUUCUUUGACCCCUGUGACCCGAGAACUGACACUUUUUCAGGUCUCAGCACUGGGAGAGGGAGACUGUAGGGAAUUUUUUAAAAUCUUUUUGAGGGACAUAAGUCAAUAUUGGUGAAUAUUUGUCUUCAUUCCAUAAAAUUAUUCUGAGAAGAAAUUGUACGUACUUGGGAAAUUGUUUCUAAGAAGAUUAUAGAGAAGUAAUAAAUUGCUUAUUUUGGAGUGGAGAGAUUUGUAUGGUCUGUUGGGGCCCCAGUGUGAUAACAACUUAAUCCAAGCAAUAUCAUUGGCCUGUAGACUCCCAGCACCCACUCCCUUUCAAGUAAGACCAAUAUCUCCCUCCCUGCCUUCUCUACUUUUUCAGUUCCAUUCCACUUUUCUUCCCCUUGCUGCUAAACUCUAUUUUGGCCUCAGUAUGAUUCUUUUUAACCAUAUAGCUCUAUCCUCUUUGCACACCUUAAAUAUUAGUUCCCAAAGCUCAGCCCUAGGUUCUCUGCACAUCUUUCUCUGUACACUUUUCCUGAGUGACUUCUAAACUCGACUUUAUUUGCCAGUGGAAAGAAGAUUCUCAACUCUCUCUCUAUCCUAGAUCUCACUUCUAAAAUCCAGAUCCAUUUAUUGAACUGACUCUGUGACCCUUCACUUGGCUGAAUCUCGGGAAACUCACCAACCUGUAUUAAACAUUUUCCCCAAAAAUUUCACCCCAGGAUGUUAACUGCCAUCAUCCCAGUCACCCAAGGCAGAAUGAUAGGAAUCAUCCUAUACUCUUCCUAUAGUCUGAUGUCUAAUAAGUCAUGAAGCAUAGUAAAUUCAGCAUCUUCAUUAUGUCUUGUUUCAGUUCCCUCCAUUAUUCCUCCCAUUGCCCUUGUUCAGACUUUGAUCAUCUCUCACCUGGAUUGCUGCAUAAAAUCUCCCCUCUCAUCUUCCUGGUUUCCCCCUAUCUGAAGUAUCACCAGGACUACUUUCAGAGAAAUCUUUCUGAAGAGCAAACUUGAUCAUGUCAAGCCCCAGCUUAAGAACUUUGCAUGCCUUCUGGAUCAAGUUAAAAUUCGGACAUUUUACUAUUGGGCCUUCCCUUGCUUUCUCUUCUACUGCUUCCCCAUCUGCAUUCACUCCAAUUAUGCUAUUUCUGGUCUUCAUGUCAUCAAACAUGCUGUUCUCAUAUCCUAAAAUGCUUUCUCUCACCCCUUUAUUCAUCUAGCAAACUCCUAGUCACUGUUCAAAACCCAGAACUAGAUACAUUGUGAAUGUACUAAAUGCCACUGAAUUGUAUACUUUAAAAUGGUUAUGAGAAUGUUUUAUGAGAAUUUCACCUCAAUAAUAAGAAAAAAAGCUCAAAGUGGGCAUUGUGUCCUCUAGAAGCUCACCUAAUUCCUCAGUGUGAUUUACGUACCUAUCCUAAUUAUUCAAUUGCUCCCUUGUGUAUAUUUCUGUCACUGACACCUAUCAUAGGGCGGUAUAAUCAUUGAUUUACUUGUCUAUUCACAGCAGAUAAUGGGCCUUUAAUAAGUAUCUGUUGAAUAAAUGAACAAAUGAAAUGAAAUGAAAGAA